AUGGCCCUCUUUACGCGCCAGCCCUUCGCCGAGCUAGGCGCCCCACGCCUCCAGGCCCUCCAGAGCGCGAAGAACAGGCAGAAUGCUUUCACGCCUGAUUCCAACUCCAAGUUUGCGUCUCCACUCAAGCCAAGCCCCACUGCAUCCACGGGGAAGCGUAGCCGCGGCCCGGCCAUCUUCGAGGACAACGAUUCCGAGAACGUCGACCCCUCCAUGCUCAACUCACCCACCAAGAAGUCCAGGACUACCGAUGGAUCCUCGAAGCUUUCCAAGUUCUCCCUAGUGCCGUCGCCGCUGAAGACAAGGGAGCCCUUCACCGCCUCCCCUUCCAUCCCAUCUCUGCGCAAAGCUCUCACGUCGCCAAACACCACGACCUCCACGCCUAUCAGCCACAGCCGCGGAUCGCCCAAGCACAAGCGCAUCGGUGCUCUGUCCAAACGCCGCGCUUCAACCUCGCCUUUCCGCCGCGUCGAUCCUCCUUCCUUCUCAGCGCACAGCAGCCCCGCUCUCCCCUUCUCCAUCGACGCCGCUCUCAGCGGAACCAUCCCUAAUUACACGCCCAAGCCUGUCGCCACUCCCACUCCAGCGCCUAUCUCUGGCUUCCCCCCUGUCGAGUCAUCAAACCAUGUCGACGACUCGAUGCCCAAAUCGUGGUUCUUCGAGAUCCACGAGGACACCCCGGAGCAGGAAGCCGCCAACCUAAUGGAGCACUCCGCUUCCGUGUUAGACAUCUCAUCCGAUGAUGAUGCAGCGACCAAGGCGCGCAACGAGGAGCUCGAGUGUGGGAAGGAGAAUAUCCCGCCGCCCGACUUCACUCUCUCCCAAAGUCAACCUCGCAGCCCCUCCUUGGAUGCUGCUGUACCGGGAGCAGGUGUCAAGAUGCCGAGGCUGAGGGAGGUCAAGCAGGAUGCCAUGGACGAAGACCGCAAGCCGUUGGGAGAUUUGCCUGCAGCUGAGUUCUACGCCGAGGGGUGUGAUGCUAAGACUUUUGUCACUGUUGAUGCGGGCAUUGAGCGGCCAAGUGGGUUGAGCAAGGAGUUCGAGUUUAAUUGUUCGACGCCAGAGAAGCCUGCGCUAGCCCCCAUACAAGAGCCUUUGGAGAAGGCAGAAGAGGCUGUCGUCGUGUAUGCGGAUGAGAAUGUCGUCCCCGUUGCGCAAGAGGAAGCCGCCGUUUCUGCCUCAGAACCGCAAGUGGUUGCGAGCGAGGCUCCUUGA